GUCAGCCGUCUGCUGCAUACUCCUAAGUUGAGAGUAGUUUUAUUAUAUUACACCAUACAUCUAUUACUUUAGGAACUAUAUCUCAUAACCUAAGACAAGAUGGUCAAAAGUCUGACAUUCGAUGUCCGUUACGACAACGAGCUAGCCCACCAAUACUACGGGGAUGGAAAGAAGCUAGCUGCACAGAUGCGGGAGAUUUAUAAAAACAAGAACCUCGAGUUCCCUGAUCAAUUCGACUCCACUUCCACUUACCCUCCGAUAAAUUUUAUGCAAGUGACUGCAUCGGACGAGGUCGACGUUGAUGACCUUAGGGGAGUGAAUAUUCCUCAGGGCUUAAAUGUUGAAAUUAUUGACUUUGAUGAUGAGUAGGGGUACACUUUUAGGAUAUUUCGGGCUUUGCGCUUGGUCUUUGCGAUAUUGGUAAUGCGUAUAGCUUGGCUAUUGGAUAAAAUAUAAGUUUGC